UUUAUGGCUAAUUUUUCGAGAGACUUGUGUGUAAAUAGAUAGAAAGAAUAGAUUCACUGAGAGCUGUGAGAAUCACUGAAUAGAAUAGACUUUGGCGGAGGCGCAACAUGGCCACUGAGGAGCCCAAGAAGGUGGUGAUAGCUGACGUGUCCACGGCGGAGCCACCGCCGGCGGCGGAAGCACCGCCGCAUGUGAAGGACGUCGUUCAGGAGAAAGCUGUGAUUCCUCAUCCACCUCCGCCGGUUGAAGAGAAGGUCGAUGAGCACAAAGCGAUUGUUGUGGCCCAUAAGACUGAAGAUCCUCCAGUGAAGAAAACUUCAAGCACUUCACUUGACAGAGACAUAGCCCUAGCAGAUGUUGAAAAAGAGAAAAGACUGUCAUUUAUCAAGGCAUGGGAAGAUAGUGAAAAAUCAAAGGUGGAGAACAAGGCCCAAAAGAAGCUCGCUGAUGUCGCUUCAUGGGAAAACAGCAAGAAAGCAGAAGUUGAAGCUAAACUGAAAAAACUAGAGGAACAAUUGGAGAAGAAGAAGGCAGAUUAUGCAGAAAAAAUGAAAAACAAGGUUGCUUUACUGCACAAGGAAGCAGAAGAAAAGCGAGCAAUGGUUCAAGCAAGACGGGGUGAAGAAUUUCUCAAGGCGGAGGAGUUGGCUGCAAAAUAUCGUGCAACCGGAAAUGUUCCAAAAAAGGUCAUUGGCUGCAUUGGCUAUUGAAAAUCUCUCCUAAUUUUCAAGCAAAAAAAAAAAAAA